UUAACCAAAAUGGCCAACUUAUUAUUUUCUUGUUUACUUUGCAGUUUUUAAGCCAACAUGUAGCCGAAAUAUGUGAUAAUUCAACGGCAAAAAGUGUUUUUCACAAUAAUGUUACACAACAAUGGGCCUUUUGGCCCGAAUGAAGCAUCAGUGAAUAUGAACACUCAAGUUAACAUGACGUUCAAUAAUAGUGUAAAUUACGUGAAUAACUUGAAUAAAAUCACCCAGGAAACCGAACAAACACCGGGUGUGGCAUACAACUUCCCCAAUUACGGUUUCGGACCUCCAGGAUUAAGCAUGAACCCACAAAUUCCACGUUAUCCAACAUAUCACCUUGAUAAUAUGCACUCCGCUUUUACGACUCACAGAUCGCAAAAGUUCGACCCAAUGCCGUGGAGCAGUAGUCUAAUGCCUACCAACUUUAAUCUACAGCACGGAGAGCCCCAGAAAAUAAUGGGUUAUCACCAAACUUACGACGCAAUCUCUCCUCACCCAUUGUCCAGUACUGAUACAUAUCACAGAAACCUACAUUAUAAUGUACCACAUCCGCAACCUUUAGACUACGCAACCUAUGGAUCGCACGACUCUAGAAUAGACCACAACUCACAAGAUAAUAUAACAGUGAAUAAAACCACUACACUAAACGAAACAAAACGUAAAAGUCUCGAAAACACCGUAAGAUUAAUAGAAAAUAUAUUAAGUAAUGCGUCUAAUAAGAAUACGGAGGAACUUGACUCGCCUCGGUCAAACAUCCAAAACGAAACUGAAGACAGUCAAACAAACCAAAAUGUGACCAGUACAACUGAAAAAACUACAGACAUAUCAAGUGACGAGAUGAAAAGCAACGAUAACCAAAUACAGAGCUCUGAAAACACACAGGAUUCCUUCAAUUUUGAUGAAAGUUCUAAAGGUGAAUCACAAAAUUCUGAUGACAAGUGCAAUAUAGACGAUGGAGACGGUGAAGAUUCGCUCAGCAACAUUGAAGUUAAAGUUGAAAUGACAUGCGGAGAGACAGAGUAUAUUAAUCCAUAUUUGAAAGACCCAAAUGGAGUUCAGAAAGAUGGUUUAAAUGGAACAUUUGUGUCAGCAGAGAAUAGCAUUCGUGAGGCUAUUGAAGCAGUAAGAGCUACUAAAUGUGUGAUCACGGGAACUGUGGUGAAUUUAAGUUAUGAAUGCCCACAUUGUAGCCUCAUGUUUUGUAAUCCGAAACGUUUCCUCAUACACACAAAGUGGCAUACCUUGGGCUUCAAUAAGAAGACGGAGAGGGCUAAGCGAAGAGAGAUUAGGCGGAACGAGAAGAGAGAGGCUAGGAUGAUGGAGAAAAUGAAUGAGGUGAAAGAGGAGCCAGUAGGAAACGGUCAGACCUUUUCUUGCAAGGACUGCGAUAGAGUAUUCAUAACGAAGAGUCGACUGCGCUACCACAGGCACACUGUUCACUCGACCCGUCGUCGCGUGAAGGUGCAGGAAGAAGGAGCGCCCUUCCAGUGCACCGACUGCCCGAAGCAGUUCAAGCACAGACAUUCCCUGGAGAAGCACAGGGCUUCGCACAUGGAGAAAAUCCACGAGUGUCCCGAUUGUCCAAAGAAGUUCGGUUCGGUGUCGCAACUGAAGAUGCACUCGAAGACUCACGAGCGGAUCACGCGGGGACACACCUUCCACUGCACCUACUGCGGGAAGGGGUUCUACGAGAGCUACAACCUACAGGUCCACGAGAGGACGCACCGCAACGAGCGUCCGUACGUGUGCGACAUCUGCACCAGCACCUUCCUCACCAACUCCAGCCUCAAGCGACACCUGCGGGUCUCGCACAGCAGCGCGAAGCCCUACGAGUGCAAGCACUGCCACAAGAGCUUCGCCAAGGAGAAGAUCCGGGACUCACACGAGGUCCGCGUGCACGGCGACCCGGAGUCCUUUCGCUUCCACUGCCCCCAGUGUCAGAACAAGUACACAACGUUCAAAGAUCUCCAGAAGCACACGUACAAAGCGCAUCCUAAAGGUAAGAGACGCAAGCGGAGACAGGAUCUCGACGACUAGUGAACGAACUCUCGUACUGGCGGCGUGGGGCGCGAUAGCCACUGGUGACGUCAUAUGUGCGUAACGUGAAAUACGAGUUCGAUGGACCAUUGGCUAGUGGGAUUGGUAAUGGUGUAAAUACAAUAGUCAGCUAGAUAAGAUAACGUCACGACAAGGUGUGUCGUGCAGCCACCGGGCAUCAGCAAGUAACAAAGGAAGUCAAUAAAGAUGGUCAUUUAAAUCACAUUAUUCAUUAAAUUAAAUUCGAGUUUCUGUUUGUAGUAUUAAAAUAGCAGCCUUUUUUUAAAUAUUAAAUGCGUAUGAUUUAUGUACGGUAUUUACAAAACAAUUUAAUAAAUAGUAAAACUUUUGUCCGUCCGUUUACUGCGGUUGAUGUCGGAAGCGGCCGAACCAAUUCUGACGGGACCUUAGUUGGCGGAUAGCUGACCUCAAUUAGCAAAGAGUAACAACAUAAACUAAUUAUGUUUUAGUAAAAUAAUUAGGGUUCCGCGUGCAAAAAAAACCCAUCAAAUUGUGAUCAAAAUGCGUUUCAGAUAAGAAGGUUGUUUAUUUCAGACGAAGUCAUAGCGGAGCGUCACCAAGACGAGCUAGUCAUUAAAGUUGUAACAUUUCGUUUCGUGGCGAGCUGAAAAACGUAAUGCGUGACGUCAUAUGCGGUAGUCUCGAAUGACGUCAUCGACGAGUUUCUUCAUGUACGCGGCGGUAGUCCAGUCAUUAUAGGAGGUUGACCUCUAAAAAUCGGCAUACCCAGUAUAUUACCAAGUAAAAACUUGUAUUUUGGCACCCUAAAACUAUUCUUAAAAUGCACAUAAUAAUAUAAUUAAUUGGAUGGUCGCAAGUUUUAAAGUCGCAGGGGUCAAAGGUCACAAACAUCGAUUUUUUUUACAUUUUUUGCAAAUAUCUCCUUUUAAUAAAAAGUUAAUAAAAAAUUAUAGUAAUUAAUAUUUAGCAAUAAAUUAUAACCUUAAUAUUACGAAUUUUUGAUCGAGACUACCAGUUGACCUCAGAUAAUUCUCUGACCGCGCGCUCUACGACCUUUAUCUCGAAAACAGUUCAAAUUAUAAAAAAAUGUUAAAUAGAAAAGUUGUAGAGAAAUCAAUUCUCUUCAAUAAUAAUAAAUAUAAAUAGCGUAAAACCCAUAGAGAAGGAGAUAUUUGCAAAAAUGUGUUUAAAAAAAACGACGUUUGUGACCUUUGACUGUGAAUUUUGAGAAUAGUUUUAAGAUACCAAAAUACAAGUUUUUGUGGUAAUAUUUUCCGAGAUAUUCACCUAAUUUGGCCUAAAAUGACUGGACUAAGUAGUUCUGUAAAUUAAAAGUGUUUGUCAGGUUUGAACAUCGUUACACCAUAUAGGGUAUGUCUUGAUGCUUUUAUUAUGAAUGAGGGAUUAUUGAUGGCCUCUACAGUUUCACCAGGACAAGUAGGCGAGCAAAGGCUCAGCCAGGAGGGGUGGGAUUUGCUAACAGCUGCCCGAGCGCCUCCGAAGGAGACCUAACAAGGGCAGCUGCUUCACGAAUGAGUCUUGAUGCUCUCCUGAUCAAGGUUCGCCGUCAGAUUUCUUAUUUUCUGUCGACAUACGAUAUGUGAUUAGAAUAUCUAUGGAAAUGGUAGUGCAAGGUAGAGGGGUAAGAGGUCGACCGAAGAAGACAUGGAUGGAGUGUGUGAAUGACGAUAUGAGAGAGAGAGGAGUGAGUAUUGAGAUGACGGCUGAUUGAAGAGAAUGGAAGAGAGAAAUUCGCUGUGCCGAUCCCACCUAGUGGGAUAAGUGGGAGACAAAGAAGCGAGGAUUAAAUACGACAAAAUUAUCUUUCAUUCCCUUUAUUAUUAUUUAUAAUACGUCAAUACUGAUAUUAAAAUGUUAAAAAACAAUAGUGUAUUAUUAAAAAAAAAAUUGUCGUUUUGUUUGUAAAUAAAAUAUUGUAAAUAAUGUAGAUUAUCAAAUGUGUAUAUAGUUAGUCCGGAAGCGCGUUGAUUAUUUUUGUUUUUGUUUUACAGAGUAAAUAAUGAAUAAUGAAUGAUGAAUGUAACCAUGCACUUUGAAUAUUAAGACGAAAAUGAUCUGAUUUAAACGAUUAAAGUGAAAAAAAAUUAACUGCUCAUUUUCUAUAAAGAUAUAUAUUUAACGAAACGUGAAAGGCUAUUUGGUUUAAGCAAAAAAGUGGCCCAAGC